UUACAGCCAGGGGAGACAGGUUUUGAGAAAGGAGCAAUAAUAGCAAUAUUGACUGGCUAUUGGACUCCAUUCUCUACUUCUCAUGGAGUAUCAAUCAAUAAGGCUUUGCCAUUGUUUGUUGAACUAGCAAAGCUAGCCACUGGGUCAUCUGGCUUGAAGAAAAUUGGAUUUUAUAUUAGCAGAUUGUGUAUUGUUGUACAAAUCCAGCUGUGUAUUGUAUGGUUAAACUCUUUGCUUUGGAUGACUUAUCUCCAAUGUUGGUUAGUGUCUGACUUUACUCGAGCAUGGAUGUGUAUAUUUACUGAUCUUCCAGAGGAAGAUAAAAGAAAUACCUUUGUUACACAGAGAAUUUGGACAUGUGACUAGGAAUUCACUACAAUCAAUACAGAACGUUUCAUCUCAGGGAAGCAUGCAGGGUGCGGCCCCACCAUACAUUCCGGGCUGGGCAGGGUUCUCUGGCCAUGAUGUGUACCAGCAGGGAGUGCCAGGGUUCCAGCCCUCCCUGUCUAUGGCUGCCCUAGCUCCACCCUCAGCCCUACAACCCCCGGGGGCAAUGUCUGGGCUGGGGAACCUGCCUCACAGAAUGCCCUCCCCCUGGCACCCGCACCUGCCCUCUGUCAACUCAUUGCCAGUGAAUGGUCUACAGUCCGUACUCCCUGAUGUGAAUGGAUAUGCAUUGGAAAAGGAGCUAAGGGCAGCUAGUGGUGCAAGUUUGGAUCACAGAGCAUUCUCUCACUCUGCUAAUGGAAUUUAUGCACAUAGUCAAGCACCUCCUUUAGACAGUAUAUAUCAGCGCCAUCUAGAAUCUAAUAAAUUUUCUGAUCUCAGCAUUUCUAAAUCAUCUCAUAUGGAGUCAAGCAAAGUUGACACCUAUUCAUUUAAUCAUUCAAGCAACAUUCAGUCUGCACCCAAUAGCUCUACGUUCAACAUUUCUCCAGGAAUAAAUGAUGUUUCAUCAUCUUCUCUCAAGUGGAAAAGUGUGUACAUGCCAAAUACGAAUUCAUCAGUAGAGAACUAUACUCAUAGCAGGGAGCCAAUGAGCUACAGGGAUCCUGGUCAAAUGUCUACCUCAACUAGCCUCUCACUACCAGUGGUGACAUCUGCUGCCCCCCAGCACAGCAAUGUGAUCUCCUACUACUCCGAACCCAGGGACAGGGACAGAUACUCCAUACCAGCAGGCUUUCCAAGUGAAAUGGCUAGUAGGGAGGCAGCGAAGAUAUUGGCAGAAUCUCAUGUCUCUGAUAUGACUCUCAGGCCCCAACAGGCUUCAGAAAAUAGACAUAGGACCUCGCCUUUUAUGAACAUAUCAAACAACGUGCAUAGGCAGCAUAAUGCACCACCUUUUGAAGAAAUAUUUCAAAAGCUUCCAUCGAAAUUAGGCAUGCCAAAUGAUAUGAGACCGGAGAAUGCUCCUCAAUAUUCAUCUCUUCCCCCUCCGUCAAAGGCAAGCCAAAGCAAGGUUCCAGACUUCUGGAGUCAGUUUGGUUUGCCUCAACCAUUUAUGGAUCAGAAUGGACUUAAUCUCCAACCACAAGGAGCUGAAAACGCACAUGUGAAGAGGCAAUAUGAGCAUGAACAUCAAGAAGAAAGUCUGCCCAAGCCUUCAAAGAAACAGAAGGUAAAAAAUUUACCAGAAAUAACCCAUCCAGACAGUUCAGGACCUGUUCUUCAAAUGUCAGAUGGCAAAUGUAAAUCACCCAAAAGUGAUAACAGGAGAGGCAUAUUUGCUCCUAAUCCGGAGAUUGAUGCUCUUGUUAAUGCCAAAGUCUGUGAAAUUAUGGCAGCUAUAAAGCAGAAGGAGAAGCCUGUACCAACGGACAGUUGUGAGACCCGCAAAUCUCCCAAACAGGAGAAGAAGGCACAAAGCAGUGCUCAUUCUAACCAUCCAACUUUUGUUCAUGCCCCACAUGGAGAAACAAAUUACCCUGCCAAUGGAAAGUCAGUAGACAUUGACCCAUACAAGUUCCCUCAAAGUGAUGAACAUGCUAGGCUCUCAAAUCAGGUGAUGGACAUGAGGAUGAAUAGGAAGGGAGUUAUGUUAGAGAACCCCCAGACAAGCAGCUCUUCUAGGUCCUUUGAGCCUGGAAAUGCCCACGCUCAACAUGGUAGCAGCUCUAUCCAGUCAGUAGUGGAUUACUCCAUUGAAGCCAUGAUUUGUAAAACAGGUGAAAAGCCAGCACCCCAUCCACAACCAUCAAAACAUGAGCAGCUGAUGCACCAAGUGAAUGAAGUGAGGCAGAUAAAGCAGGAUCAUGGUAGAGUAUCGCCGUGCUGUGGAAACUGUGAACAGCUUGGUGUUCAGUCUUCAGAGCAUUGCACAAACCACAAACACUUACAGCUGAAGGAAAAUAUGCAGAUGGCAACACACUUACAACAGAAAGGGAAUUUGCAGAUGGCAACACACUUACAGCAGCAGAAAGGAAAUAAACAGAUGGCAACACACUUACAGCAGAAAGGAAAUUUGCAGAUGGCAAGUCACAAGCAUGGUCAGUCAGCUCACUCUAGUGACCCAUUUAAAUUUACAGAUGAACCUACAGCAGAGAUUAAACCCAUUUAUAAACCAUACAAAUUCAUGAAUAGUGCAAUCAAAUCAGAGAAACCUGAAAAAAGAGUGUUUGACACAUUUGCAAGUGGACUUGAAACAAAGUCAAAAAUGGAUCUGACUGACAAAUACAGGCAGUUCUUGAAAAUAAACCAAAAAGAAAAUACUUUAUUCAAUGCAGUCAGAAAAGGAAUAAAAACUGAAAAGAAUGUAAAUAAGGCAGCAAAAUACAGUGUAAUUAAAUCUGAAAAACUGCAAGGACAGGUUUUCCCAAAGAAGAAUCUUACGUAUGGAAUAAAGUCUUCAAAUGCCCUGUUGAAGCGGAGCAGACUGCAUGGUGUAAAAUUACCAAAUGUGAGACAGAAGUGGAGAAAUAAUGUCAAAUAUGUACAGAGACAGAAAGAUGACAAUGACUUUGCAAAGAAAUUGAUGAAAAACCUUGGAUUUAAACCUCUUACAUUACAUGAUUUAGUUACAAAAAGUAAAAAGCUAACACUUCCAAAAACCUAUUUCAGUGGUAAAACAACUAUUGCAUCUAGCGUUCUAAGUUCAGAAAAUAAAACUGCAUGUCGAGACAGAGUUUCUCCAAAGGCUCUAGAAAACAUCAGCCAUGAAUUUCUGGAAGUGAAGAAUCAAGCCAAAAAUGAGAUGGAGAUGAAAGAAGUAAAACCAUUGACUGCCAUGCCAUUUCACAGAUCAAGGAGCUUUGAAUGUCUAGCAUCUGAUAUAGAUGUGUCUGAAAAAAGGUUUCGAUCAAAUUCAAUAGACCUUGGCAGCCCACAGAAGACCAAUAAUAAGCAACAUGCCUGUCAACAGCAACAAAGUUUACCCCUGGUGCAGGGUGGACUCAAUAAUCAAGCACCACAGUCAUGUGAUUUGAGCCAGAUGGAAGCGAUCUCGUCACAGAUCAGUGAUCUUCGUGAGCGGGUUACGGGUGGCAACCAGAACCUGGAACAAAACCUUGUCGAGGAGGUGCCUCGCUGCUCCUGCUUGGCUUCAGACAGCAUGAUCAAUGAGGCAGUUGAAGGGCCGUACUACACCCACCUUGGUUCUGGGCGCAGUGUGGAGGCCAUCAGGGUUAUACUAGAAAACAGGACUGGAGUUUAUGGGAGUGCUGUGAGGAUUGAGAAGCUGCGAUACUCCGGCAAGGAAGGCAAGAGUCCCCAGGGAUGUCCCAUAGCCAAAUGGAUUGUGCGCCGAGGCAGUGUGGAGGAGAAGUACCUGGCACUGGUGCGACACCGGGUUGGACAUGUGUGUGACAAGGCAUGGAUCAUCAUUGGGCUUGUGGCCUGGGAGGGGGUGCCUGCCACACAGGCGGACCACUUGUACGACUACCUGAGCACCACCCUGCCCUCUUAUGGCAAUGAGACAGAGCGUCGCUGUGGCACAAAUGACAGGAAAACUUGUGCAUGCCAGGGAGCUGACUUGAUGAAACGUGGAGCCUCAUUCUCAUUUGGGUGUUCCUGGAGCAUGUAUUUCAACGGCUGCAAGUUUGCUCGCAGUACACAUGCGCGCAAGUUCAGACUCAAGAAUGAAAGUGCUGAGCAGUUGUUGGAGGAUAAGCUGCAGGAGUUGGCCUCCCAAGUAGGGCCCCUCUACAAGCAGUGUGCCCCCGACGCCCAUGCCAACCAGUCCCACUUUUCCAAGAUGGCCCAGGAUUGUCGCCUGGGAGACAGUGGCCCAUUCUCAGGUGUGACCGCCUGUGUCGACUUCUGUGCCCAUGCCCAUAAAGACAUCCACAACAUGAACAACGGCAGUACUGUGGUUGUGACCUUGACCAAGCACAGAGGCCUGUCUAAGCCAGACGAUGAGCAACUGCAUGUGCUGCCAAUGUACGUUCUAGACCCUACAGACGAGCGGGGCAGCUUUGAGGGCCAGUUUGCCAAAAUCCAAAAUGGUUCACUGGAAGUGCUUCACCAGUUCCCCCUGGAGGCCAGGAUGCGGGCUCAGCCUCUCGAGUCCUGUAAGAAACGCAAGAUGGCCAAGAAAGGUGCAGGCAAGAGAAUGACCAAGAAUGGCAUCUAUGGCUGGGAUUCCUCAUCUUCUGCCCAGUCCACACCACAGAAAAGUAUGGACAUGAUGUCAAACCAGUCUGGGGCCAGCCACUCUGGAUCACUUGACAACACCCCGGUGAAAAAUGCAGCAAGUGAUCUUGAUCUCAAGAGUGACAAGCCAGUUUCCUACGAAGAUCUUAUGGCAAUGUCCCAGCAUACUCAGUUUAAUGCUCUCUACGACAAGUUUUGGGACUACUUCUACGCUUUUGGUGUGUUCCCACCACCUUCCAUACUUGCACAGUGUAUUGACAAGGCAGCUCCAUCCAUCCAAAGGUCUGCAAAACUGCCCUUUACAUCCCAUGCUCAGCUUAAUGGAGGAAUGGCUGACCCCUACAGAGUGACCUCAGAGCAACAAAAGUUUGAUCAACAACAUGCAGUGCCUUUACAUUCUAACAUUGCUGCUAGUUCUCAAGGACAACACCAGAGUAUACCUCAAUUAAACAAACCAGUGAAGGUUGAGAACAUGUAUGGUGAUCAUAGAGCCAAUGGACAGUAUGUUGAAAAUUGUAAUAAUAAAGCUGUCCAUCCUAGCUUUGGAAGUAAUGCUAGAAUUGGUGAUAUACAUCAGCCUAAUGACAGUGGAAAUAUAGUGGAAAAUUUAUCCUCACACGGUACAAUUCCUGAAACUAUUUCUUUAACAAAAGAACAUAAAAGUAACCAGCCUCCAGCUAGAGGGAUACCUACUGAAAAUGGCGCUUUGGAUUUAUCUUUCUCUUCAAACAGCAGUAAAUCAUCUCAGCCAGCAUUGCAUAAUGAACAAAAUCUACAUGAACACAGUUUGUUGAACAAACAUGCAUCAGGGAAUGAACAUCCUACAUCAUCGUACCAGUCACCACUAGACAUGCUGUCCCAGGCUGUGGACAUGAGAAGCAAGAAUGUUGGCUUUAAUGGGACACUGACGUAUACAAAUGGCUCAAACUCUCAGGAAAACCAUCCACCUCCAUCAGGAUAUUUUUAUCAGUCACAUCAUGAAGCAGCAUACCAGAAUGGCAGAUCUAGUGCUUUCAACAAGAAUCAGGAACAAAAUCAACCAUUCAAUCAUUUAUUUGCUGAGAAAAAUUCAGGGAAUCAGGAAUUUUCAAAUACUCAAAGGCUAGAAAAUACCGGGCAGCAUAAUCCUUCUGCCUUUCCUUCUCACCAUCAAGGUUUUAGUGAACAAGUCUCAAUGGGUCCAGGGCAGCCCAACAUGGGCCCACACAGUUUUAAUCCACAGAAACUAGCAUGUGGAGAAAACCUGGCUCCUACUUUGGGUCCACAACCAGAACAAAGGGAGCCCAGUUUGAUAGAUCCAGAUGUCGUCAAGUGUGAAAUGGAGUACAACGAGGCCGCCUUCCGAGAUCCUGAGAUGGGUGGGGUAGCAAUUGCAUUGUGUCACGGAGCCGUCCUUUUUGAGGUGGCAAAGCGCGAGUUGCACGCCACCACUGGCCUAAGAAAUCCCAAUAGGUACCAUCCUACUAGAAUUUCCCUAGUGUUUUACCAACACAAGAAUCUGAACACCGAAAGACAUGGAAUGUAUGCCUAUGAGAAGAAACUGGAGCAGUUGAAAAUGAAGCGCAUUGAAAAGAUGCAGCUUGAGAGAGGCUAUGUUGAUAUGAGAGAGAUAGAAGACAGUUUCAAGGGUGGGAAGAAGCGGAAGGUGAACAGCGAGGAGGCGAAGGAGGAGGAGGAGCUGGCGCAGCUAGUACAGCAGUCCCAGGCCCCAUACCGCUACAUGUGGGACUGCAGCACUGCCCGUGCCGAAACCAGCACCUCUGCCGUCACUUCCACCAGGUGGGUGGAGCCCUGCCCCAUGGUCACCGGCCCCUACCAGAAGUGGGCAUGAGGUAAUCUGGGGUCAGCAAUGUACAUGUGUUCUGCAAGAUUGACACUAAAUUUGUGUAUUUAUUGAUAACUGUUGUUUUUGUAUAUUUGUUAUAUUUUCAUAGAUAUGUUGACACUAUUUAUUCUUCAUGUUAGCUCUCAGGAAUUUAUAUAUACCAGUACAUAGAUUUAUAACAGUUUUAAAGUCUUAUACAUCAUGUAUUUUUACUUACACUUUAAAGACAAGAGAUUUUUAAAUAUUUUGUUAACGAUCAUUGGUGUUGAUGGUUUACAUGGUUGUUGAAGCCAGUAAAGUAUCUGGUCAUUUUGUUUGUAUCGAUGUUUUACCAUCAGGGCAAUGCAUUUUCAAAAGCCUUUAUUUGUAAAUAAAUAUUUGCAUAUUGAUAGACCUUUUAUUGUGAAAUAUUUUUUAACAAAUCACUGGCGACCUUAAGACAUCUAGGUAUAAUUAUAAAAAUUUGAUAAAUUUUACCCAUCCUGCAUCCAUUUUGCCAUUGUAAAAAUGUAAAUUAUUGCUUUAGGAGGCAUAUUACUCAUAAAGCUGAAGAAGUUUCAAAUAAAGUGUUUCAGUAGAAUAUUUAAAAGUAACGGUAUGUUUUCAUUUUAUACUGAGCUAUUUUGACAAAAGUACUUAGUAAAAUGGUUCAUUCCAGGAUUUGCCUGAAAACAUAUGCUACCAAUCUGGCAAUCACCAGUUGUCAAAAAUAUCUCAAAUUGAUGUGUAUUUUCAUGAUUUCUCCUUUUUUUGCUUUAUUUCCAUCAUAAGCAUAAAUAUUAGAAUUAUAUUCAAGUGUGGUAUUGUUAAAAUUAUAUGUAAAUUCCUUUCUUAUUGUACUGAAGAUCAAGAAAUAUCAGCAAAGCCUGAUCUCAUAUUUAGAGAUUUUCUGUGAUCCGUUAUUGUAUUGAUGGUUAUAGGGCCACUUAUGUAUAAUAUUGUAAUAUAUAAAGUUCUUGUAACAUAGUGUGCUAUGCUGUCAGCUUUAAUUCCAAUACUGGCUGAAUAACUGUUAUGUGGUUCUUUUGUUGAUAAUAUGUAAGAGUGAAAGUGUAACUUAUCUAGGGAUAAAGAUAAAUGUAUUGUUUGUUGUACGAGCGUUCGCUUUUGAGUAGCUUUUAGGAUUUGUUAGUAACAAAAGAAAAAUACACAAUGAGAAUGUUAUAAUGAUUAUUGUGUUUUCGUUUUCUGUUAAGUUUAUUUUGUUUGUUAUAUUUAGUUGAACAUAUUUGUUAACAGGACUUAGAUGUUUUAUUUAGUUUAUUUAGUUAACACGCAGCUUUUUAUAUCUCUUUUAAAUACAUUUAUUGUUUCAGAAGGUGUUCUAUUGAAAUACACAAAUGACAUUUAUUUGCCUCAAUUGUCUGUGUAACUAUAAUAGUGAGACUAAAAAUAAUAGAAAUGCUCAGUGGUCUUCUAAAUUGGAAAAUUAAUCCCGUUUUAAUAUUCAGCACGUUGUCGAACUGUUGUUAUUAAACUAGUGCUAAUCACUAAGGCAAACUCAGAGUCUUGGAGAAGAUAGGUGAUACUUUAGAUUAUAGUGUGAUGUUUAGCUUUAUUUUAAGUGUUUAUUUAUAUAUAUUCUUGAUUUGUUUUGUUGCUAAUAAUUGUAUAGUAUUUGUUUUAACUUCACAUUGCAAUGAAAUUUUAUACAAGAAAUGUUGUACAUUGUCAGCUUAAUUGUGUAUAUAUAUAUAACUAGUGCAAAAGUUAAGCUCAUAUUCAGUUUUAAUGAUCUGCCAGCAGAAAUUGUACAUUUUAAUCUUGUUUUGUCUUAACUCUAUUUUAAAGUUAUUGUGAUGUCAUUUUACCCAUUCUUAUUCAAGGGUUUCUUCCCCUUAGAAAAUAAACACUUUAAACUGAA